GCGGCCGGCUCGGGGUCGCACCUCCUGCGGACGCCGACCCCAGAUGUAAAGCGGCACCGGAGCCCCUCGCCCCCUCUACCCCCUGGCGCGAUCCAGAGUCUGGCCAACGUCUCCUCUGCCAAACCCCGGGCUGGAAGAUGUGGCAGCCGGCCACCGAGCGCCUGCAGCACUUUCAGACCAUGCUGAAAUCCAAGCUGAAUGUCCUGACACUGAAAAAGGAGCCCCUACCAGCAGUCAUCUUCCAUGAGCCCGAGGCCAUCGAACUGUGCACCACCACACCCCUGAUGAAGACCAGGACUCACAGUGGCUGUAAGGUUACCUAUCUGGGUAAAGUCCCCACCACAGGCAUGCAGUUUCUGUCAGGCUGCACAGAAAAGCCCGUCAUCGAGCUCUGGAAGAAGCACACGCUAGCCCGAGAAGAUGUCUUUCCAGCCAAUGCCCUUCUGGAAAUCCGACCAUUCCAAGUGUGGCUUCAUCACCUCGACCACAAAGGUGAAGCCACAGUCCACAUGGAUACCUUCCAGGUGGCACGCAUUGCCUACUGCACUGCCGAUCACAACGUGAGCCCCAACAUCUUCGCCUGGGUUUAUAGGGAGAUCAAUGAUGACCUGUCCUACCAGAUGGACUGCCACGCUGUAGAGUGUGAGAGCAAGCUCGAGGCCAAGAAGCUGGCCCAUGCCAUGAUGGAGGCCUUCAAGAAGACUUUCCACAGUAUGAAGAGCGACGGUCGGAUCCAUAGGAACAGCUCAUCGGAAGAAGUUUCCCAGGAAUUGGAAUCCGAUGAUGGCUGAAUGGACUUAGGAUGCUUCAGCAAGGCAGCAUUGGUCAAGGAAUUCAAGAUGAUAGAUGAAUAAGCAAUGAUUCAAAUUUGGGAAGAAAAGACUGCCAAACUGUUGGCCGACCAAGCUUUUUAAAUUCAGAAGAGCAAUUCUAAAUCUAAAGAAAUGUAUUAUUAAAGUAAUUACGUUACAUUGAAAUCUGCUGCUGCUGUGACUGUGAGGAGGGUGGGUGUGCGGACGGGGAGGAAAGUUCUAGACUCUCUUCUUUCCCCACCCCCCUCAUUUCCCCAUGCCUCCCUGUAGGAGACCCCAUGCCAGUUAUCAUCACUCUCAGGCAAAUCCACUGCGGCUGUUAUUUGAUGGACCAUUCCAAUCUGCCUUAUGAUAUCCAACAAGAACGUUAGAUGCACCUGUAGGAUCCCUAGUCAUGGGGAGAGGGUGGGUGGGUGGGUGGGGGGCGCAGGUGCAGGUGAGAGGCCGCAGAGCUAAAGGAACACCUCAGGCAUAUCCUGAGAGCCCCUCUCCCUGGCAUGUUUCAGAUUCUCUCCUAAGUAAGCAAACCAGCACAGCCUUUAUUGAGCUUUACAACUAACAAGCUGAUAGUUGGCAGUUAAUUCACAGUUAAAGAUAAUGCUUUUAUUUACGUAAAUAUAUCAAGUAGUACCCUCCUAUUGUAUUCACUUCAUCUAUUUUCUUAGAAUACUUGCGACUACUAAUAGCUGCUUUCCUCAUCCCUCCUCAUCCACCCUCUUUCUCUUUCCAACCCAGCGAAUGUCCCUAAGGGAUGGAUUCUCAGCAUACACUGCAGGACACAAAAAGGGAAGAAAAGAACCAAGCAGGGGAAAUAAACAAAGUAGGAGUUUCAAACAACCACCACAAUCACAGAAACCUUGGAAAAAGGGAAUGAGUUAUCAGCAAGCGAGCAAACUCCUCGUAGGCUAUCCUUUGAUCAGUUCUGAUUUAUGGUUACUUAUUUAGUUGAUGGUACUGUCUGAUGAAUCCUUCCGGCAAGCUUCAGAUCUGAUUGGGCAUCACAAAGGAAGGCUUGCCUCAAUCACUCAACAUUGUACUCAAAUAGGGAAUGUGCUAUAUACACUUGGUUUGUCUAGAGAAACUGUGUCCCAAAGGGAAAUCUGACCCCAUUAUCUUACAAUUGGUGAUAUCUUAGGGGCGGAGUUGCCGGUUUACCCACUGUUUCUAAUGAGAAAUAUCGCUAAGAGAGUCUGAGAUGGCUCAGUUUCACAGAUCUUUAAUAUCAUCAACACAGAGUCAACACUGAAUGAAACUGAAAGUGUUGGUUCAAAUGCAUACAUUUAAGGCUAGGAGCAGAUGGCUAGUUUUCCAGGUAAUUCUGCUCCUUGACUGAAGUCUGUUUUUAAUCCUGGUAAUGUUAGGGGCACUGGGACACCUUACAGAAGCCUUAAAUAAGAGCUCAUCAAAUCCAGAGAGUAAUGGUGUCAGCGUUUUGGUCUGUGUAUCUGUGUGUUCCUGUAUGCAUUUGUGUGUGUGUACGUGUGCCCCCGUGUGUGGGUCCAGUGUUAAGGCAUGUAGAAUGAGCAUGGAGUUAUAUUGAGAAGAACUCGCCUCUUGGAUAUUGCUUGCUGCUCUACAACACAUGUAAACUAUUCUUUAGCAUAAAUGCAUUCAUUCUUUAAUAAAAAUAUGUUUGCAUUAAUAAAGCUGAGGACUUUCAUACUUUA